AUGCCAGAAACCACCAAAAGUCACGUGAUACUGCUGUCGUGCGGCAGCUUCAAUCCCAUCACCAAGGGACACAUCCAUAUGUUCGAAAAGGCAAGGGAGUACCUGAACAAAACAGGACGAUUCAUCGUGAUCGGCGGGAUCAUUUCGCCCGUGCAUGACUCUUAUGGGAAAGCUGGCCUGGUGUCCAGCGGUCACCGCCUGACUAUGUGUCAGCUGGCCGUGCAGUCAUCCGAUUGGAUCAGGGUGGACCCCUGGGAGUGUUACCAGGACACCUGGCAGACCACCUGCAGUGUGCUGGAGCACCACCGAGACCUCAUGAAGAGAGUGACGGGCUGCAUUUUGUCAAACGUCAACACGCCGUCGUCGACUCCCGUCAUCGGUCAGCCGCAGACCCGGGCGCCGACCGCUUAUCAGAACCGCAACAACUUGAACCACAAGCCCACUUCUGUCAAACUUUGGGGCAAGCUGAGUGAGAGUUUGGGCAAAGUUUGCUGCAUGCGUCCUCACAUGGAGCGCUUCGCCUUCAUUGAUGAAAACGCCAACUUGGGACCGGCCAUGACGUACGAGGAAAUCGAGUUGCGCAUCUUGCUCUUGUGUGGAAGUGACCUCCUGGAAUCCUUCUGCAUCCCUGGCCUGUGGAAGGACAGUGAUAUGGAGGUGAUCGUGGGCGAUUUCGGCAUAGUGGUGGUACCUCGUGACGGCGCCGACACAGAACGCAUCAUGAAGCAGUCGGCAGUUCUGCGCAAACACCGGGACAACAUCUUGGUGGUGGAGGACGACCGCAAACAUCCUAUGGCGCAGGUCAGCUCUACCAAGAGCAGGCUGGCGCUGCAGCACGGAGACGGACACGUGGUAGACUACCUGUGCCAGCCCGUCAUCGACUACAUCCUGGACACGCAACUCUACAUCAACGCUUCGGGAUAG